AUGAAGUUUCCAACCACACAAACCCUUCUUCUCGCUCUCUGCCUCUCCCUUGCAGAGCCGAUAGAAGCAGCCGACAAAGGACCCUCGGCCUCAUGCAGCCGCUGGAAGGGAGGCAUUCCCAUCACCAAGUGGUUCGACAUCCCACUAUAUCGCCGAUAUUCCAUCGUGGUGAAGGACCUGAAGGAGGGCGAGGACGUGCCGUGGGUCUGCGACAGACUGUGGAAGGAGCUGAAGCAGUUCAAGGGGAGCUGCACGGUGUCGAAGCCCAAGUGCGAAGCCAACGGGCCGACGGAGAUGCUGUGGAUCUUCAACGUCGACUUGGGAUGCAACAAGGGAAAGGUCCACUCGGCUUGGUAUGAUGCGACCAAGAACACGCUGGGUGCGAUUGACUGUGCGAGUAUCAAGAAACCCACAUAG